GUAACAAUAAACCGGGAGCUCAGCAAACCUUGAGGUCACACUGUAGAGGUUUUGUACGCGAAGGUUGGAGUUUUUGUGGCACAUGUUAGUGAAAUGUUUGCCCCCCCCAAGGCGUGCUGUCGUCACUGGUCAUCUCCCAGCAGCAGAAGCAGCCUCCUCAAGCGGGAUACACGCCGGACGGCUCCACACUUCUACUCCCCACCAGAGGAGAGCACGGCUCACAAGAUGUAACACCGACGUUUUGAGGAGAUCUCAUUCCUUUCAAUGCACUUUGCAACAGUGCUCCAUUCACCAUUUUUCUUUUUUAAGCUUUUUUUUUUUGCAUUUGCCAGCAAACGCAAUGGCAGUUCCGUCCACAUCCGGGCCACAAUGCUUUGACUCCAUUAUUGUCUAAAACUGGCGGAGAGACUGAUAAACCUUGUUAUUUUUCCACCUAAGGCGCCGUGAAGGCUGGAACAAAGAGGUGAUGUCUAACCAAGGAGUUCGGCGGAAUGGCCCGGUGAAGCUGCGAUUAACAGAGAGAUGGAACGAAGCCUGCCAGUGGAGCGUUGAGACCAUGUGUCUGGUUGUGCUUCAAGAGAUCUCUCGGCACUCCAGCAGGAUUGUUCUCCCCUCUCCCGUACUGGCGCUCCCUUACAUCACUUGGAGCACGUGUGAGAUGAAGACGGAGCACGGCUCUGAAUGCCUAAUUUUGUGUGCCAAAAACCUCGUCAAGAAGGAUUUCUUCCGUCUCCCAGAUCCUUUUGCUAAGGUGGUUGUGGAUGGUUCGGGGCAAUGCCACUCGACAGACACUGUGAGGAACACACUUGAUCCCAAGUGGAAUCAACACUACGACCUUUACAUCGGGAAAUCAGAUUCCAUCACUAUCAGCGUGUGGAACCACAAGAAGAUUCACAAGAAACAAGGUGCUGGCUUCCUGGGAUGUGUUCGCCUUUUAUCAAAUGCUAUCAACCGCCUUAAAGACACAGGCUACCAGAGGCUAGACUUGAAUAAGCUGAGUCCAAAUGACAGCGACACAGUCAGAGGCCAGAUAGUGGUGAGCUUGCAGUCCAGGGACCGGAUAGGCACAGGAGGCCCUGUUGUAGACUGCAGUCGACUGUUUGACAAUGAUCUUCCAGAUGGCUGGGAGGAGAGAAGAACUGCGUCUGGACGAAUCCAGUACUUGAACCACAUCACACGCACCACACAGUGGGAGAGGCCGACCAGACCUGCGUCAGAGUACUCAAGCCCCGGACGGCCACUUAGCUGCAUCGUGGAUGAGAACACUCCCAUUAGCACGAACGGUGCCACGCCCACCACAGCAUUGCCGCCCAGUGACGGUGACCAGCGGGCCCAGGAGAGGCGUGUUCGCUCCCAGAGGCACCGCAACUACAUGAGCAGAACACACCUGCACACCCCGCCGGACCUCCCUGAGGGCUAUGAACAGAGGACCACACAGCAAGGCCAAGUGUACUUCCUCCAUACUCAGACAGGUGUCAGCACAUGGCACGACCCCAGAGUACCCAGAGAUCUGAGUAAUGUGAAUUGUGAGGAAUUGGGUCCUCUUCCUCCUGGAUGGGAGAUACGUAACACCGCCACAGGAAGAGUUUACUUUGUUGACCACAACAAUCGAACGACGCAGUUCACCGACCCUCGCCUCUCUGCCAACUUGCAUCGAGUCCUGAAUCCAAGCUCCAAUGGCUCUCGAGGAGGCAUUGAAAGUCAGAAUGUGAGUCGCCAGAACCAGUUGAAGGAACAGGUCCAGCAGGCUCUGGUGUCCACAGGUCAGCUCCAAGACGAGGCAGAGUGUCUCACCGUGCCCAAGUACAAGAGAGACCUAGUCCAGAAGCUCAAGAUCCUUCGACAGGAACUUUCCCAGCAGCAGCCACAGGCUGGGCAUUGUCGCAUAGAGGUGUCCCGUGAGGAGAUAUUUGAGGAAUCCUAUCGACAGGUCAUGAAAAUGAGGCCAAAGGACUUGUGGAAAAGGCUUAUGGUGAAGUUUCGGGGGGAAGAAGGACUGGAUUAUGGAGGGGUUGCGAGGGAGUGGCUCUAUCUAUUAUCACAUGAGAUGCUGAACCCGUACUAUGGUCUGUUCCAAUACUCCCGUGAUGACAUCUACACUCUGCAGAUUAACCCGGACUCUGCUGUAAACCCUGAGCACUUGUCAUACUUUCACUUUGUGGGCCGAAUCAUGGGCAUGGCAGUGUUCCAUGGUCAUUACAUAGACGGAGGUUUCACCUUACCCUUCUACAAACAGCUGCUAGGUAAACCCAUUACCCUGGACGACAUGGAGUCUGUAGACCCGGACCUGCACAACAGCCUCGUGUGGAUCCUGGACAAUGACAUCACAGGCGUGUUGGACCACACCUUCUGCGUAGAACACAACGCCUACGGAGAGAUCAUCCAGCAUGAGCUGAAGCCCAACGGAAAGAGCAUCCCUGUCACGCAGGACACCAAAAAGGAAUAUGUUCGCCUGUACGUCAACUGGCGCUUUCUGCGAGGCAUCGAGGCCCAGUUCCUGGCUCUGCAGAAGGGCUUCAAUGAAGUCAUCCCCCAACACCUGUUAAAGGCUUUUGAUGAGAAGGAGCUUGAGCUGAUCGUCUGUGGCCUGGGUAAAAUCGACAUCAAUGACUGGAAGUCCAACACGCGGCUCAAGCAUUGCACUCCAGACAGUAACAUUGUUAAGUGGUUCUGGAAAGCUGUGGAGUCCUUUGAUGAGGAGCGAAGAGCUCGUCUGCUGCAGUUCGUCACGGGCUCUUCCAGAGUUCCACUGCAAGGCUUCAAGGCCCUCCAAGGUGCUGCUGGCCCACGACUAUUUACCAUCCACCAGAUUGAUGCCAAUGCCAACAACCUCCCCAAAGCCCACACAUGUUUCAAUCGGAUUGACAUUCCUCCCUAUGAAAGCUACGACAAACUGUACGACAAGUUGCUCACUGCCAUUGAGGAGACGUGCGGCUUUGCUGUGGAGUGACCCUAACCGAGGCGCGUGUCAUCAACCACCAGCAGAAGAAACAUGCUUUGGCCCUGAGCAGCCGCCCACAACCCAAUCCAAAGGGGCGCUCCACAUUCGCUUCACCCAGGGUUACCCACAAUUCCUGGGGACGUGUGGGCAGAGAUGACCAAAAUAUAUUAUCUGAUGCUGUUUUUGUUUUUUUUCCCUUGACACACACACAUCAGACACUAUUUGGUCUUUUUAUUAUUGAAAAACAACUGCAGCUGCUAAUAACCAUCUACUAACUUUUGGAACCUGCAGGAUUCGCUGGUUCUUCCCUUUUUUUCUAAUGUCAUUCAAGCUUUUUUUUUUUUUUUAAAUCCAUGUAGCAAGGCUCCCUCUUGCCAAGCGGAACACACACACACACACACACACACACACACACAACUGCAUAAACAAGACUGGUGUGUUUGCUAGAGUACAGGGUAAUGGAUGGUUGCCACAACCACUUGGAAACACUAACUUUUCAUAUGGAGUGUGCCUUGGCCUGAUCACAACGGGGCUGGCGGAAAUGCCAAGGCUGGGAGGUUCGGGGUACUGUAUGUGCCGGUGCAAGGACGAGAGACUGAAUUUGGCAGACUGAAUUCCACCCCCGCUCCAAAGAUGGCAGCAUAGACCCCCAUGAGUCGCUGCACAACUGCGCGCCGCGUACCCACAAACCUAUUUUACACAUGGUCAACUUGUUUGACAACGAAUGAAGAGCUUGAAAUGUGUUAUUUUUAUAUAACAGGGAAAAUGGAAAAGAAUGAGUAAAGUUCUAUAUAAUAUAUCUAAUUUAUUGCUGGUAUAUACAAAUAUAUGUAUAUCACAACCCCCCCCCCCUUCCAUUCUUUAAUGCAAUGUUGUUGCUGUUUUAAUUUUAAGAGGAGUUUGUGAGAACUAAAAUAAGCUGAACUUCAACAAUCUGUUGGUUUCUUCUGUAACCUCUAAUCUUUGAGGGGCGUAUGUCUUAAAAGCUCACAAAUCAUAUUCACACACAAACACGCCAUUUUUUUAAUAGAUGUAAAACUGAGCAGACCCUUUAAAAACAUACUGAUAUGAUUCUGCAGCUACUUCAAGCAAAGUGAUGUUUUCUUGUUUACCCUUGACUCAACAAUUAUGAAUUCAAAUUUUUUUUUAACCCCCCCCCCCUCCCGAGAGUCCAAAGUAAGUUACUACCUUGUAUCCACGUGGUGCUAAAUGUCAUUGUUUUAUAUUGGCACCCAUACAUGAUUUGAUUGAAAGUGCAUGUACAACACCCAUGUUUGUGGCCCAAAACAAAAAAAAAAGACAAAACAUUUUGCAAGAAUAAGAUCUCUUCCUCGCCACAUUCUCAGGGGAUAUCAUACAAAGCUUAUUUUUUUGUCCAGAAGCCAGUUCUGAACAUGUUAUUUUCUAAAUAUUUGCUUUAGAUUAGAUUGUUGCAUGUCUCAACACGUGGUUGGAAAUGAGCUGACUGAGAUGGCCUUUCCUGCUAUACAAUU